GCCGGCCCCAGCCCUCCUCCUCCUCCUCCUCCGGCCGCUUUGAGCUGCAGGGACGAGCCGUGAGCCUGUAGCUCUUUUUUCUCCUUCAUUUGUUUGUUUGUUGUUUCUUUAUUUCACGAGGUGACAACAAACCCUGUUUUCUGUCGGAUCCCCUCGGAGGUGAAGCCGCCCGGCCGCGCGGAGAGGUUUGGGGCGCACAGAGAACAAGAGGAAGAAGAAGAAGAAAAAGAAAAGAAGAGAAAGGAGGAGAAGAGAAAAGUGAGAGGCAGAUAAAAGCUGGAGGAGGAGAAGCUCGACUGCAGCCUUCCUCGAAGUCACCAUGGAAGUUCCUGGUAUGCAGAGCACUCAGAUCGAUCCGGAGGAGUUGUUCACCAAGUUGGAUCGGAUCGGGAAGGGAUCGUUUGGAGAGGUCUUCAAAGGAAUUGACAAUCGGACUCAGAGCGUCGUCGCCAUCAAGACCAUCGACCUGGAGGAGGCCGAGGACGAGAUCGAGGACAUCCAGCAGGAGAUCACGGUGCUCAGUCAGUGCGACAGUCCCUACAUCACCAAGUACUACGGCUCCUACCUGAAGGGCAGUAAACUGUGGAUCAUCAUGGAGUAUCUCGGUGGCGGUUCAGCACUGGACCUGCUGCGAGCAGGCCCGUUCGACGAGCACGAGAUUGCCACCAUGCUGAAGGAGAUUUUGAAGGGACUCGACUACCUGCACUCGGAGAAGAAAAUCCACAGAGACAUCAAAGCUGCCAACGUGCUGCUGUCAGAACACGGUCAGGUGAAACUGGCCGACUUCGGCGUCGCCGGCCAGCUGACGGACACGCAGAUCAAGAGGGAAACCUUCGUCGGGACGCCAUUCUGGAUGGCUCCCGAGGUCAUCCAGCAGUCCGCCUACGACUCCAAGGCUGACAUAUGGUCACUGGGUAUCACCGCCAUCGAGCUCGCCAAGGGUGAACCUCCCAACUCCGACAUGCACCCGAUGCGCGUGCUGUUCCACAUCCCCAAGUCUGCGCCCCCCGUCCUGAGCGGGGAUUUCUCCAAGAGCUUCAAGGAGUUCACCGAGUCCUGCCUCAACAAGGACCCGGCCUUCAGGCCGACAGCCAAGGAGCUGCUCAAGCACAAGUUCAUCGUCAAACACUGUAAGAAGACGUCCUACCUCAGCGAGCUGAUCGACAGGUACCGGCGGUGGAAGGAGGAGGGCCACAGCGACAGCAGCUCCGACGACUCCGACGGUGAGUCCAGUAACAAGGAGAACAGCCAGUCUCCAGAAUGGAGCUUCACCACCGUCCGCAAGAAGAAGACAGAGGGCAGGAAGGUGCUUAAUGGGACGGCUCAGGAUCAGCUGAGUAAAUCCACCAGCCUGACAACAGUCAUCUCCCCCGUCUUCACUGAGUUGAAGCAGCAGCACAAAGACCACUCUGAGCAGCGGCUGGCGAUCGAGGAGCUGGAGCGCAACAUCCGAUUGGCCGAGGACGUCUGCCCGGGCAUCACUGAUAGGAUGGUGACGCACAUCAUCGCCAGGUACCAGAAAUUCUCCGCCAACUGAAGAAACGCCGGACGGGAAGCACAAAGUGUGCAAAGUGAAGACAAAGAGAGGCUGUGUCCUCAUGUGGCGACGCUGCUGGAUGAUGGGAAACAGAGGAGCUUUGCUGUGCGAUGACUCCUCGCAGGACACACACACACACACACACACGUGCACACACACACACACACACACACUACAUGUAAUAUACACACUAUAUAUAGAUUCACUGCUGUUUGGUGAGGACCUUCUUUCCUCAGAUAUUGCUCAGCUGGACCGAUGAAAACCAUCUUUCUAUCUUUUUAAACGACAGCAAUACAUUUGUUUAAAAAAAAAAAAAAAAAAGCAUAAAUUGGG